CCCGGAACAGGAAAUUGUGUAUGUUUUGCUCAGCAUGACUUUGCACAGAUGAAAAUUGUUUGAAAGAAACCAUCAAGUAAUAUUCUAUAAGCGAUUAUUCACAAGCUUGAGUAGUUAGACAAGACUAUCAACAAUGAGUUCUAUAGGGACAGGGUAUGAUUUAUCGGCAUCACAAUUUUCACCUGAUGGUAGAGUGUUUCAAGUCGAAUAUGCACAGAAAGCAGUUGAAAAUAGUGGAACUGCAAUUGGUAUACGAGGGAAAGAUGGCGUAGUAUUUGGUGUGGAAAAGCUGGUGACAUCUAAGUUAUAUGAGGCUGGAGCAAAUAAAAGAAUUUUUAAUAUUGAUAGACAUUUAGGGGCUGCUACAGCUGGGUUAUUAGCAGAUUCUAGACAUAUGGUGGAAAGAGCUAGAGAAGAAGCUUCCAAUUACAGAUCUAAUUAUGGUUCAGAUAUUCCAAUCAGACAUUUAGUGGAGAGAGUAUCAAUGUAUGUACAUGCUCAUACACUAUACAGUUCAUUACGACCAUUUGGUGUUGGUAUGAUAGUAUCUUCCUAUGUUGAUAAUAAACCAGAAUUAUAUUUAAUAGAUCCUUCAGGUGUAUCAUGGGGCUAUAAUGGAUGUGCCGCUGGAAAAGCCAAACAGAAUGCUAAAACUGAAAUAGAAAAGUUAAAGAUGAAGGAUAUGACUAUAAGAGAAUUAGUAAAAGAAGUAGCUAAAAUUAUUUAUGUUGUACAUGAUGAAGUAAAGGAUAAAGCUUUUGAAUUGGAAUUAAGUUGGGUUGGAGAGAUAACUGGUGGAAAACAUCAACUUGUACCUAAAGAUGUCUUUAUAGAGGCUGAGAAAUAUGCUAAGGAUUCUUUAGAAGAAUCAGAUGAUUCCGAGGAAGAAGAAAUAUAAGAGAAUAGUAAAAUUCAUUAUAUCAUUCAUUUAGAGACAAUCACUUUUAUCAGAUUCAGUGCUAUGAUUAUCAAUAACUUCUCAUGAAGUCAACGCGUUAUGGACAAAAACAUUGAAUAUUACACAACUAUCAUCAUCAUUGUCAUCGUUAAUAUUGUGCAACAAUUUCACUUGGAUUAAAUUGUUUUCUUGAAU